AUGGCGAUAUUUAACGAUUCAACUAAGGCUGCCAUUGCAGUGGCUGAAUUCCCUGUAGGAAAGCCAACCAGCAGUUCUUCCAGACAACCAAAGCUACCACCAAAGCCCGAGAACUUACCUCAUCCCGAAUACACCACGCCAAGAGGUGUAUCACCUCUGCUAUCUGUACCCAAAGCAGGGUUGCAGUACCCAAAUUAUACGCCUUUUAAGCUCCCAGAUUUGGUCGAACAUCCAUUUGUCGACAGAGGAAUCGAUUCCGACCCGAAGAAGAGUAGAUUACUUGGUGCAGCAUCAGAAGUAAAGCAUCUGACCCCAUCUAUCGGAACCGAGCUUGUAGGAAUCCAACUCACAUCUCUCGAUGAUACUCAAAAGAAUGAACUCGCUCGAUUGGUCGCAGAACGUGGAGUAGUAUUUCUGCGAGAUCAAGAAAUGGAUGUUCAUGAACAAAUAGAAUUCGGGUCUUACUUUGGAGAACUCCAUAUUCAUCAGAUGGCAGGAAUUAUACCUGAUUUACCAUGGGUACAUCCAAUUCAUAAGGAUGAAACUGCCAAAAAUGGUCGAUCCCAUCAAAUAUGGCAUUCUGAUGUGAGCUAUGAGAUACAGCCACCCGGAUUGACCUUUUUGAGAAUGGAUACACUUCCAAAAGCUGGACCUGAUGGAUAUGAAGCUGGUGGGGAUACAAUAUGGGCGAGUGGUUAUGGUAUCUAUGAGUCAUUAUCUCCAACAUUGAAAGGCAUUUUGGAAAACCUGGAAGCAAAACAUAGUGGUCUUGAACAAGCCGAGAAGGCAUUGAAAGGAAAUGGUUGUCUUCGGAGGAAUCCUAUUGAGACAAUACACCCUGUCGUAAGAACACAUCCAGUAACCCAACAAAAGACUUUAUACGUGAACGAAAACUUUACCAAGGAAAUCGUGGGUGUCGAAAAACGAUUCAGCGAAUCUCUUCUCGAUUUCCUCAAUCGAUACGUUGCAGAAGCAUACGAAUAUCAAGUAAGAUGGAAAUGGUCCACCAAUGCAGUUGCAAUAUGGGAUAAUCGUGCUACAUUUCACACUGGGAUUUUCGACUACUAUCCUCACCUUCGUCAUGGAUUGCGUGUUGCUACCCAAGCAGAAAAGCCCACCAAAUGA